AUGUUCCCCCGGCGUGGUGACGCCAUUUGCACUUCGCGACGGUGUGAACUGCGCCACCUGGCUGCGUGGGCGGAGCGCGUGAUAACACGCAGGCAAAUCGAUGCGUCUGUUGAUGGAGUUGGUGUCCGACACCCACGCCUCCAACAGCUCUCGCCCUGUCUUGUUGCCGGCUCGCGCCAAUAUCCGCGUGUUGGCGAAGUCGAACUCAUGCCCUUCCUCGAGCGUGUGAGUGGCUACUUGAGACAGUGGGUCGCCUCUCCGAACGGCCCGCCCGCCUCGCAGGCCAAAUCGAUGAUUGGCCAGCUGAGUGGACUCUUAAGCCGACUCCGGCGUAACAAUGUAAUCUCGCCAGACGAAUGGCGCCAGACAAAACCAACCGACACGGCGUUGGCCAGGUUCUACGGACUACCAAAAAUACACAAACCCAACGUUCCUCUGCGGCCAAUCGUGGCCCUGAAAGGCAGCCCCACAUACGAUUUAGCCAAAUGGAUGUCCCGAAAGCUCAAUUUUCUCCGAGAGGGCUCUGUGACGUCCGUCAAUUCGGCCUCCCGAUUCCUUGCCGACAUUCGGGGAAAAACUAUUCAACCCGACCAAAUCAUGGUAUCCUUCGACGUUGUCUCACUUUUCACGUCCAUCCCACCAGACUUGGCGCGCGACGUGCUACGCAAACGCCUCGAAGAAAAGUACAACGAAACGACAGGGCUGCUAAAGAUCCAGCACCUAAUGCAGCUCUUUGCAUUCUGCCAACGAACCUUUUUCACCUUCGAUGGCAGAACAUACGAACAAAUCAAAGGAACACCCAUGGGUUCCCCAAUAUCCAGCCUAGUUGCGGAGUUGGUCCUACAAGAGCUGGAAAAGGUUGCUUUCAGCCAUUACAAACCUGCGUUUUGGCGCCGAUACGUGGACGAUACAUUCGUCAUUAUUGAAAACGACAAGCUAUCGGGUUUCCAAGACCUACUUAACAGCAUAUUCCCCGACAUUAAGUUUACAAGAGAAGACGAGGAGGACGAAAAACUACCCUUCUUGGACGUGCUCGUCAGGCGCACACCUGACGGUGAACUCAGCACUACAGUGUACAGAAAGGCGACCAAUACAACCCAGGUCCUCAACUAUCAUAGCAACCACCCAUUGGUGCACAAACGGGGCUGUGUGAGGGCGCUUUUAGACCGGGUAAAAACGCACUGUAGCGAGCCCGAAGGAAGGAUGCAAGAACUACGGCAUCUCCGGGACCAAUUAACAAAGAACGGCUACCCAAAUAGCUUUAUCAGUCGCUGCAUACGCGCACACCCACGCCGGACAAACGGAAGGGAGACAUCAACAAUUUGGCACUCCCUACCGUACAUAAAGAAUGUGUCCGAGGCCACAGAACGCAUCGCGUCAGAGCUAGGCGUGGGCAUCGCUCAUCAUCCGGCGGCCACCAUGCGUAGCAGGAUCAUGAAAAUGAAGGAUCGGCUGGACGCAGGUGAACAGUCGGGCGUAGUCUAUCGAAUCCCGUGCCAAAACUGUCCUUGCCACUACACAGGCCAGACAGGACGACGUCUGAGCUCACGAAUACUUGAGCACAAACGGGCCGUUCGGAGAGGCGACCCACUGUCUCAAGUAGCCACUCACACGCUCGAGGAAGGGCAUGAGUUCGACUUCGCCAACACGCGGAUAUUGGCGCGAGCCGGCAACAAGACAGGGCGAGAGCUGUUGGAGGCGUGGGUGUCGGACACCAACUCCAUCAACAGACACAUCGAUUUGCCUGCGUGUUAUCACGCGCUCCGCCCACGCAGCCAGGUGGCGCAGCUCACACCGUCGCGAAGUGCAAAUGGCGUCACCACGCCGGGGGAACAUCGUGGACCAGGCGGCACAAACCCUACCUAG